AUGUCAUCUACAGUUGCAAAAGGAAAAGAACUCGAGCAAAGGAUCUUUGAUAUAUUGAGGAGCAUAGAAAUUGAGUGCAAGUGGACAGGGGUACACGAAUCAAUGAAUAGAAAGCACCUCGUGGCCACAGUCAAAAGCGACUGUGAACGUUCUUCUUUGGUUCUUAACGAUGAUGACACAUGUACUCACUUUUUUACCAAUGUCUUUAUAGUGGUUCGGGUGACGGAGGAGUGGAUAUCAGCGGUGUUGUUGUUGGGAUCCCGUCCCUCCGUCAUUCGUGAAUUCGAAGGAGCACUUACUAGACAAACAAGGGGUACAAUAGGUGUUGUAGUAGGACGUUCAAAAAAUAGAUUCACGCCUGGUGCGAUAGUGACGGCUAAAACAUCGAUUUACGAUAUUAUCCUCACGGAUAAGAAAGACCUUUGUAUAGAUCUCAUUCAGUUAGUUGCUGAUCGACUAAACAGAUCUUAUGAUAAUUUGUUAAACGUGUGGGAUGUUGGAUUAUUGAAUUUAGAUUUUAAUGCUAAUCCUCCGUUUCCAUCACCGAUGAAUGCGCAAUACUCAGAAAAUUGCUUUCCGAGUUCGGACGACAAUUUGAAUCUUGUGAGCGUUGAAUGUGUGUUAUGA